AUGACCAAUGGAAUUGUAAACGGUACUGGGCUAGAGAGUGAGUUUGCUUCUCUCGGUGUCAACGGUACAAAAUCAGCAUAUGUUCCUCCGCAUAUGAGGAACACGCAGCGGGCUGCGUCUUCUCCCGCGGUUCCUACCAACGGGAACGGCUGGACUGACUCCCGCUCUCCCACUCCUUCAUCCCGCGGCGGUUUCGGUGGUAGCAGGGGUGGCUACGGUGAUAAAGGCUCUGGCGGGCACGUUCGCAAUGAGCGAUGGGGAGGAGAUCGCGCAUCGAGCAACUGGUCGUCAGGGCGCGGCGACGGUGCGCCUCGUGAAAAUCUUGGUUACGGCGUGUGGAAGGAUGGCGUGCACAUCCCUGGUGCUCGCAACGUGCGUAUGGAAAAGGAGCUUUUCGGUGAUGAAGACGACCCGUCUAAACAGCACACCGGCAUCAAUUUCGAGAAAUACGACGAUAUCCCCGUGGAGGCUACUGGUGCCGACGUACCAGAGCCCGUGAAUGCAUUCACGUGCCCACCGUUAGACCCUGUUCUCCUGGAGAACAUUGGCUACGCUCAUUACGCUACCCCGACGCCGGUACAAAAGUAUUCGAUACCUAUUGUUGCAGCCGGCAGAGACCUCAUGGCCUGUGCUCAGACUGGUUCUGGGAAAACAGGCGGUUUCUUAUUCCCCAUUCUAUCGGCUUCGUUCACUAAUGGACCACGGCCCCCUACGGCUGACGCUGUGAGCGGUGGAUACGGCCGCGCUCGCAAGGCCUAUCCCACCGCCCUUAUCCUCGCCCCGACUCGUGAACUGGUCAGCCAGAUUCACGAAGAAGCUCGCAAGUUUUGCUAUCGCUCCUGGGUUCGUCCCGCUGUGGUGUAUGGUGGUGCCGAUAUCAGUCAGCAGCUGCGCCAAAUCGAGCGUGGCUGUGACCUCCUUAGCGCCACCCCUGGCCGCUUGGUGGACCUCAUUGAACGUGGGCGCAUCAGCCUUGCAAACAUCCAAUAUCUCGUGCUGGAUGAGGCCGAUCGUAUGCUGGACAUGGGUUUCGAGCCUCAAAUCCGCAGGAUCGUGCAGGGUGAAGACAUGCCUGGCGUACAGGAACGCCAGACAUUGAUGUUCAGUGCGACGUUCCCGCGCGACAUCCAGAUGCUUGCAAGGGAUUUCAUGAAGGACUACGUUUUCCUCUCUGUGGGCCGUGUCGGUUCGACUUCGGAGAACAUCACGCAGAAGGUCGAAUACGUUGAGGACGCCGAGAAGCGCUCAGUCCUUCUUGAUGUUCUCUCCGCGCACGAAUCUGGACUGACGCUGGUCUUCGUCGAGACAAAGCGGAUGGCAGAUAUGUUAUCCGAUUUCUUGUUGGCGAACCACCUUCCUGCAACAUCUAUCCACGGCGAUCGUACUCAGCGAGAGCGUGAGACGGCACUGCAGACUUUCCGUACCGGCCGUACCCCGAUUUUGGUUGCCACUGCCGUUGCUGCUCGUGGUCUCGAUAUUCCGAACGUCACUCACGUCAUCAACUACGAUCUGCCAUCCGACAUCGACGACUAUGUCCACCGUAUCGGCCGUACUGGCCGUGCAGGAAACGUUGGCAUCGCCACCGCGUUCUUCAACCGCGGCAACCGCAACAUGGUCCGGGACCUUCUUGAACUGCUGCGUGAGGCAAAUCAGGAGAUCCCUGCCUGGCUUGAGACGGUCGCUCAUGAAAGCUCCUUCGGCGGCGGCAGCGUGCGUGGUGGCCGUGGUGGUCGUGGCAGAGGAGGAGGCCGCACGCAAUCUACCCGUGACUUCCGCCCUGCUGGUGGAGGUGCAGGUGGCUAUGGUGGCCGUAGCGGAGGCGCUGGCUACAGUGGUGGCAGCCCGCAGUACGGCGGCUAUGGCGGAGGUGGAGGCUAUGGCGGAGGCAGCUACGGCGGCAGCGGAGGCGCAGGCGGAGGCAGCUGGUGGUAGAUGAUCCACUGAUCGAACGCCAAUGUCCACUCCAACCAUGCUUCCACUUCGAACUCAAUUCUUCGCUCUCCAUGCCCUAUGUGAUCCGUCGGACUCUUCACAUCCCCAUUAUGCCCGCUUCCCUAUGACACAAGAAAAACUUCCAAUUUCCAACGGUCGUCGCUCUAUACCGUUUCUCCCCCUCGUGAACUUUGCGCUGCUCUCACAUCAUUGUGGUUUUCGUCUCGUUGCAUAACUGCUCAUGGUCUAUUGUAGGGCCCUACCUAAUCAUCGUCUGUUUUCAUAGUCGGGCGCGCGCGCGCCCUCUUCGCUUACGCAUCAUAUCCCAUAGACGAGGGGCCAUCCUCCAGCAUGAGCAGAUCUUUGUCGGUCUUCGUUUCGCGAUACCCUACUCAUUGCGACGCGCAGGUCGUACAUUUUAUAGAUUAGCAUCACGAGACAAUCUGUUAGAGCAUCGCACAUCUUGUAACGUAGUCAUAGUCUAGCAU